AACACUGUGGAUUAACUAUUUUUUGUAUUUUCUUAUUUCCCGCCACGUGUCAAAUGAUUUAUUAUCGAGACCACUAAUGAAGUGAAAUAUCCAACUUGCAGGGACUCAAAAACGGGAGAUUUAAACGCGCGGUGUAAUGAGCGGAUACCUCAGCAGCAGCCUGUCCCCGUUAGCUUGCGACCCAAAGUACUCACCAGCUGCCAUGCGGGAGAAAGAUUCCAGUCCAAGAAAAAUGCCAGGACACAUCAGCCCUAAGCAAGCGAGUAUCUAUCCACUGAGUGUCCGAGUAUCUGACGCCGAGGAAUUGCCCUACGACCUGAGCCACGCAAACAGCAGAAUAAGUCCCGCUUCGCAUCAGCACCAGCAUCAACACCAACCGCACAUGAGUCCUGCGGCGCGACCACCCGCCCAGCACGAAGACAUGGACUGCGAGCCGCUGGACCUGCGUGUUGACCACAAGAAAGAGCAUCUGCGAGACGAGAACCAGAAUGACAUCGAAGUGCUCAAUCAGAAUGGCCUGGGGCUGCCUUAUCACACGGUUCUGUUUCCUCAGCACCACGCAGUCCAUCCGCUGGUGCUGGAGGCCAUGUAUCGAUCCCAUCCCCCACUUCCCGAAUUACCGAAGAUUCAAGUCCGGGCCUUGCCUACAAUGGUCCCACUGCCUUCCAAUCGAUUUUCCACGCCCUCAACUCCUUCAUCAUCUACCCGUACCUCCACCCCACCGAGCAAUAGUCAGCCGACAUCAACACCCGCGUCCAAUCCUUACUCGGUAAAUGUCGCGAACACGGGACUCAAACCCAAAGAUCGUUAUUCCUGUAAAUUCUGUGGCAAAGUCUUCCCCAGGAGCGCGAAUCUGACGAGGCAUCUGAGGACCCACACCGGCGAGCAGCCUUACAAGUGUAAAUACUGCGAAAGAUCAUUCAGCAUCUCCAGCAAUCUCCAACGACACGUUAGGAAUAUUCACAAUAAGGAAAAACCUUUCAAGUGUCCGCUCUGCGAAAGAUGCUUCGGACAGCAAACCAAUUUGGACAGACAUCUCAAGAAACACGACGCCGAUGGACCCACGAUACUCGACGAAGUCCGUUCGCGUUACCACGGUCAGCUUCCGAGAGCAGACGAGUCAUACUUUGAAGAAAUAAGAAGUUUUAUGGGAAAAAUAACCUCGCAGAGACAAGGGAUGCCUUAUUUCACGGGACUGCUGGCGCCGACUGCGGAGGAACUCAGAAACGACAAACAGCAAGCGCUGGAAGACAAACGCGGUGACUCAUCGUACUUCAGCGACCGGGAUAACCUGAGUUCCAGGUCGAGCAGCAGCGCCAGCAGAGCUGAAAGUGUUCACGAAGAACGCGAUACGCCUCCUCUGUCGCCUGGCAAUACUUGA